GCCUCAAAUGUUUUAAACUGUUUGAAACUUUUGCGUUUCAGUUGCACAGCUCUAAAUAAUUGAAGUUUCCAAUCUUAUGAUCGAGAACGAGAAAUACCGAGUAAACCGUUUCAAGAAGAAACUUGGAAAACACUGCUUUUUUUUUCUGAUCGUGAUGCAAUGAGAUAUUUAUUUACAUUUUAUUUGUGCAUUUGAAAGUGAAAAUACUGCUUUUUAUUUAAAAUUUUGUAUGUUUUUAGUUUUUUUAAAGAAAAAAUUCGUAUUAAUUUUACCCACUAUUUUUCCAGGUUUUAAGGUGAUAUUUUGUUAAGAAGAUAAUAAAACAUGGAGUUUGAUAUCUUAGAUUCUUUAGAUGAUCUUCGGUAUUUUAAAAAAGAUUUAAAAGACUCCAAAUUAAGUACCAUCAUAGAAGCAGGACCAAAAUCAGUUGAGUUCACUCAGCUUGUAGAAUGGUUUUCAAAAGAAUUACAGAACCUUUUAGGUUUGGAAUCCUGUGUCAAUUCUAUAACAGAUUUAGAGGAUUGCGAUUCAUUUCUUUUGGAAGUUAGUUCAUUCUUAAAAGAGUUAC